AUGGGUCAGCCCCCUGUUUAUCCACCUUUGACCAAUCCUAUCAUCGUCGCCGGACCCCAAUUCUGUGCUCCCAAUUACACUGUCACCAUUGGCGACAACAUCCUCUUCACAGUCCAGCCUCGCCUCUUAAGUCUUCAUUGCCGUCUUGUUCUUCACGACGCCAAUGGCAAUCCCAUCCUCACCAUAUGCGAAAGAAUGUCAGUUUUAAAAAUAUUGAGUUUACAUUGGAGAUGUGCAGUGUUCACGGGAGUGAGCUGCAACUCGAAAAAUGUGUUCUUUGCUGGUAAUACUGAAGAGAGAGUUUGUGAUCUUAAGGUCAAAAGGAUCUUGCUGAAGGGCUCUUGCAAGAUUUAUGUUGGAGAAUCUUCUAAAGCCAAAAGGCAAGAUGAAUGGAAGAAAAGUUGGUCUACUACCCGGGUUGAAGCCAAAGAAAUAGAAUAA